AUGCCGUCUCUGUCCGAACUCCCCACAUACCUCCAAGAUAUCAACCGCGAGAUCAAGGAGAAAGAGACCGCCGUCGAAGCCUUGCGCGACCUAGAUCGAACAACCUAUAUGACCUACGUCCUAGCAAGGACCAAGCUCACAGCCAGAAAGCACGAUAUGCAGGCUGAGGGUGCCAGGACGUGGUUCAACCUGUGGGUCAAGUGCGUGGACGAGUUGCAGGCACUGGCGCUGCAACUCGCGCGUGAGGAGAGCGAACUGGUGGGUCUCAAGCAGAAGAGAGCGGAUCAUGUGGCGCCUGUCAAGCUCGCCCGAGAAGUUGCGGUGGACGAAAGCCGCCUCGACCUUCUCGACCAGGCAGUCGAGGAGGAGAAGACGUACCUUACUAUGCACCUCAAGCGCUCCAGCCAGCUCAAAGAAGCUAUGAAGUACAACAAGAUCCACCCGACGGACGUCAUCGAAGCCAUGGAGAAAGUCGAGAUGGCAACUCACAGGACGGCUCUACGUCUAUCUGCCUUCUCUGUCGAGCGAUCCCGCCUAGUGCGUGUUGUCAUGAGCAAGAAUGCCGCCAUUCGCAAGCUCCGAAUCGAAGCAGGUUUUUACCAAGAAGAGGACCCCGACAUGCCAUACGAGCCGAACCAUCUGCAGAAGACCUGGGGCAAGAUUCAUGUCUGCAUGGGCAAGAAAUGUGUUUUGGAGAAGCAUGUCGAGAAGGAGGUAGAUCAAGAGGUUGCCUUUGUCUUGAAUCCUGGCAGUAAGGCAGAGGUUGAUGAAGAGAAGCUCAAAUCGUACAGAGCAAGAAGCACUUUGGGUGACUCUGUUCAGUAUCUCGACCAUGAGAUCGAAGCGAUUCGAGAGCAUUUAGCCACGCUCAAUCGCAAGUACGACCUUCACCUCCGUCGUUACGUAGAGUAUUCAGAAAAGCUCUGCGCCGCCAAGAGUCUUCUCGAUGGUAAUCGGCAGUUCCCGAUCGCAGAUUCGGAGGAGGACAUCAAGACGUACGAGAACAAGCUUGCAGAUUGGCGUGUGAAGCGGCUGGACACCCUGAAGUCGAUGGCUGCAUACGAUUAUAGGAUCGAGGCUUUCAAGGAGAAAAGCUAG